UUUCGGCCAUGGCAAGCGGAGUCCUUCUGUUGACAGCUCUGGCCUUAUGUCACGGCUUCAACCUGGACACCGAAAACAUCAUGACCUUCCGAGAGAACGCAAGGGGCUUCGGACAGAGUGUGGUCCAGUUUGAGGGGUCCCGGGUGGUGGUUGCAGCCCCCCAGGAGGUAAAGUCUGCCAACCAAACAGGCAGCCUCUUCCAGUGCGACUACAGCUUGGGCACUUGUGAGCCCAUCCCCCUGCAGGUCCCCGUGGAGGCUGUGAAUAUGUCUUUGGGCUUGUCUCUGGCAGCCAGGGCCUCCCCUUCCCAGCUGUUGGCCUGUGGCCCCACUGUGCACCAAGUCUGCCGGGAAAACACCUACGUGAAUGGCUUCUGUUUCCUGUUUGGCUCCAACCUUCGCCAGCAGCCCCAGAGGUUUCCGGAGACCCUGAGAGAAUGUCCUCAACAGGAGAGUGAUAUCGCCUUCUUGAUUGAUGGUUCCGGUAGCAUCAACCCAAGAGACUUUCAGCGGAUGAAGCAGUUUGUCUCCACGGUGAUGGGUCAAUUCCAAACAUCUAAAACCUUGUUCUCCUUGAUGCAGUACUCCGAGGACUUCCGCACCCAUUUUACCUUCAACGAUUUCAAGCGAAACCCGAACCCAAGAUCGCUGGUGAUGCCAAUCCGACAGCUGCUCGGGAAGACACAUACAGCCACGGGGAUCCGAAAAGUGGUAAAGGAGCUGUUUCACAGGAACAGCGGAGCCCGGAAGAAUGCCCUGAAGAUCCUGGUUGUCAUCACGGAUGGGGAGAAGUACGGCGACCCCUUGGAUUACAAAGAUGUCAUCCCCGAGGCAGACCAAGAAGGAGUCAUACGCUACGUCAUUGGGGUGGGAGAUGCCUUCAACAACGAGCAAUCCCACAAAGAACUGAACACCAUCGCGUCCAUGCCCUCUUCUGAGCAUGUGUUCCGGGUGAAUAACUUUGAAGCCCUGAAGACGAUUCAGAAUCAGCUGCAAGAAAAGAUCUUUGCCAUUGAGGGUACUCAGAACGGAAGCAGCAGCUCAUUUGAAUUGGAGAUGUCUCAGGAAGGCUUCAGUGCCGCCAUCACCUCCAAUGGACCCUUGCUGGGUGCUGUGGGGAGUUACGACUGGGCUGGUGGAAGUUUCUUGCGAACGUUAGACGGCAAAGACACCUUCAUCAACACCACCAGGGUGGAUUCAGACAUGAACGACGCUUACUUGGGUUACGCCAUGGGCGUCAUCUCGCAAAAUCAGAUCGAGAGUCUGGUUCUGGGGGCGCCUAGACAUCAGCACACUGGCCUGGUGGUGAUGUUCAAGCGCACUGCUGGCACCUGGGCGAACAGCACCAUGAUCAAGGGGAGUCAGAUCGGUUCCUACUUCGGGGCCUCGCUCUGCUCUGUGGAUAUGGACAGAGAUGGCAACACUGACCUGGUCCUCAUUGGCGCCCCCUAUUACUACGAGCCGACUCGGGGGGGCCAGGUGUCGGUCUGCCCCUUGCCGAAGGGGAGAGGGAAAUGGCAGUGCCAGGCUAUUCUCAGCGGGGAGCAGGGGCAUCCUUGGGGCCGCUUUGGGGCAGCUCUGACAGUGUUGGGGGAUCUGAAUGGGGACAAGGUGACAGAUGUGGCCAUCGGGGCACCCGGGGAGGAGGAGAACCGGGGUGCAGUCUACCUGUUUCAUGGGACAUCAGUGGACGGCAUCAGCCCUUCCCACAGCCAGCGGAUUGCAGGCUCCCAGCUCUCUCCCGGGCUCCAGUAUUUUGGUCAAUCACUGAGCGGGGGCCAGGACAUGACCAUGGAUGGACUAAUGGAUUUAGCAGUGGGGGCCAAGGGCUCUAUGCUACUGCUCAGGUCCCAGCCAGUCUUGAGGGUCAUGGUGACCAUGGAGUUCACCCCCAGGGAAGUGGCAAGGAAUGCCUUUGAAUGUCGGGAGCAGGUGGUGAGCAACCAGACUGCCGGGGAGGUCAAAAUCUGCUUCCAAGUUCACAAACGCACAGGAGACCGAUUGGGAAGAGGAGAGAUUCAGAGCACCAUCACGUAUGACCUGGCUCUGGACUCCAGGCGGACAACCCCCCGGGCCAUCUUCCUCCAGACGAAGAACAGGGCACUUCAACAAGCACAGGACUUGACAUUGGCACAGAGCUGUGAGACCCUAAAGCUACUGUUACCGAAUUGUGUAAAAGACUCAGUGGCCCCCAUCACUCUGCAACUCAACUUCUCUCUGGUGGGGAAGCCCUCAACCUCUUUCGGGAACCUUCGGCCAGUGUUGGCUGUGGAUGCUCAGAGACUCUUCACAGCCAUGCUCCCCUUUGAGAAGAAUUGCGGUAACGACAGCGUCUGCCAGGAUGACCUGAGCAUCACCCUCAGCUUUGGGACCUUGGACACACUGCUGGUGGGUGGCCCCCAGGACCUCCAUGUGACGGUGACCGUGAGAAAUCAGGGUGAGGACUCCUACGGGACUCAGGUUGCCUUCUUCUACCCUGCUGGCUUGUCCUAUCAGAGAGUCUCAGUAGUCCAGAACCAGCACUCCAAGCGGUCCUGGGGACUGUUCUGUGACCCCAGGCCCCCCUCGGGAGGGCCUGAGACACUGAAGAGCUGCAACUGCAGCGUCCACCACCCCAUCUUCCCAGACAACUCUGAGGUCACCUUUGAUAUCACAUUUGGCGUGGACUCGGAUGCUGCUCUUGGAAAUCAAUUGCUCCUCAAGGCCAACGUGACCAGUGAGAACAACAUGCCCAAGACCAGCAAAACGGAGUUCCAGCUGCAACUGCCGGUGAAAUAUGCUGUCUACCUGGUGGUCACAAGCCAUGAGAACUCUACCAAGUAUCUCAACUUCACAGCCUCCAACAAGACCAGCCGGGUUAUGGAGCAUCAAUAUCAGUUCAACAACCUGGGGCAACAGAGCCCUUCCAUCAGCGUGGUCUUCUCUGUCCCCAUCCUGCUGAACCAGGUGACCGUGUUGGAAGACCUCCAGUUUACCUUCUCUCAGAAUGUAAACCAGUCAUGCCACACUGAGAACAUAGCUCCUCCGAACCCCGACUUUCUGCCUGAGAUUAAGAAGACCUCGGUGCUGAACUGCUCCACUGCACUCUGCAGGAGAAUCCGGUGUGACGUCCCAUCCUUCAGCAGCCAGAAACAGUUCACGGUCACCCUCAAAGGCAACCUCAUGUUUGAUUGGUUCAUCAAGACUUCUAAUAAGUACGUCCUGGUUGCGACCACAGCAGAGAUCCUGUUCAACACUUCCCAGUUUGCCGUGAUUCCAGGACAAGGGGCAUUCGUGAGGACCCAGGCAGAGACCAAAGUGGAGAUGUACGAGGUUCACGACCCCAUACCCCUCAUCGUGGGCAGCUCCGUUGGGGGGCUGGUGCUUCUGGCCCUCAUCACGGCAGUCCUGUACAAGCUCGGCUUCUUCAAGCGGCAGUACAAGGACAUGAUGAGCGAGGGGGCUACUCAAGCACCCGAACCCCAGUAACGGCUCCUACUGAGACACCGCUCCUGCAGGGAGCUGAUCUCUGGUCAGCCUGGCGUGUCGGCCCCCAGGCUGCUGGACACCUAUAUCCCCGAGGAGACUGGGGCGAUGACAGCUCACCCAGAAAGGACCGGCUGGGGUUUUCAUUUGCGUGUCUGUGUGUCCGUGUGUGUAACUCAGAGGGCUUGUGGUGUAGAGGCAGCCGUCUUCCGCAAAACCUCUCUGGCUGAAGAUCAUUGCUUGGGUUUUCUUGGGGGUGUGAUCGAAGAUGCUGUUGGGCCGUCUGGGAUGGAGGGGGUGGCAGCUCAUUCCGGUGGAAGUCAAAGGAGACGCACGAGAUGCUCUUAAAGUUGACAGAGAUGGGACCUUCCAUCCUGGGCGUAUGUGCAGCCCUCCAGCUGCUGGGCUUGAACCUGCUAUGAAGCUGUGGGUGGAGCCCACUGCGGUCGUUCUGUAGAUGCCUAUCCCAACCCACUUGAGCAGAUGAGCUUAAUAAA